CAGCCGGGCGGUGCGGAGCAGCCCUCGCCGCAGUGGCUCCAACCCCGAGCAUCCCCCGCCACCCCGGGGACACCCCCCAGCCCCGACCCCUCCCCCGGCCGGAGUGGGGACCCUCGCCCUCAGGCCGGCUCCAUGCACACCCCCAGGGUACCCCCUCGCUGAGCAGCGGGGACAUGAGUGGGGCUGGGGGGCACCUUUGGGUGCUUUGAGUGCCACGCCCACAGCGGCCCCCCCCACCCCCGGAGCACCAAGGAUGUGACCCUCUGGCGAUGCCCGGCUGCGCCGUACUCGCCGCCAGGCCGGCGGCACAGAAUGGAGCCCUUCCUGCCCUCCCCGUGGGGCUGGAAUGGCUCUAGAGGGGGGUCCCGGCCCCCCAACAGCACUGCCGAGGCCAAGCCCAAGGACACGGCCUCCAAGUCUGUGGGGUUGUUCUUCAUGGUGCUGCUGGACCUCACGGCCAUCGUGAGCAACGCCGCCGUCAUGACAGUCAUCGCCAAGACACCGGCGCUCCGCAAGUUCGUCUUUGUGUUCCACCUGUGCCUGGUGGAUUUCCUGGCUGCCCUCACGCUGAUGCCGCUGGAGAUGCUGUCGGGCUCAGCCGUGUUCGAGAGCCCGGGGCUGGGCGAGGCCAUGUGCCGCGUGUACCUGUUCCUCAGCGUGUGCCUCACCUCCAUGUGCAUCCUCUCCAUCUCCACCGUCAACGUGGAGCGCUACUACUACGUGGUGCACCCGCUGCGCUACGAGGUGCGGAUGACCGCGGGGCUGGUGGCCGGAGUGCUGGCUGGCGUGUGGCUCAAGGCUGUGGCCACCUCGCUGGUGCCUGUGCUGGGCUGGUUGUCCCCCGACCGCCCACCAGCGCCUGGCACUCACGGCUGCUCCUUGCAGUGGAGCCGUGGGCCGUCCUGCAAGGUCUUUGUGGUCUUCUUCGCCGCCUUCUACUUCGUCCUGCCCCUCCUCAUCAUCGUCGUGGUCUACUGCGGCAUGUUCAAGGUGGCACGGGUGGCAGCCAUGCACCACGGCCCGCCGCCCACCUGGAUGGAGACGCCGCGCCGGCGCUCGGCAUCACUCAGCAGCCGCUCCACCAUGGUCACCACCUCGGGGGCUCCUCGGACCACUCCGCAGAGGAUGUUUGGCGGGGGCAAGGCGGCCGUCGUGCUGCUGGCUGUGGGGGGCCAAUUCCUCUUCUGCUGGUUGCCCUACUUCUCCUUCCAGCUGUACACAGCGCUGAGCACUCGGCCCUUAGCCGGGCCAGCGGCUGAGACUGUGGUCACCUGGCUGGGGUUCUGCUGCUUCACCUCCAACCCCUUCUUCUACGGCUGCCUCAACCGACAGAUCCGCGGGGAGCUCGGCCGGCUCCUCACCUGCUUCUUCAAGCAGCCCCCCGAGGAGGACCUGCGGCUGCCGAGCCGUGAGGGCUCCAUCGAGGAGAACUUUCUACAGUUCCUCCAGAGCACUGGGCGCCCACCAGAGCCCCCCAGCCCUGAGCGGGACCUGCCCCCUGUGGAUUGCCGCAUCCCGGGGCAGAUCGAGGAGGAGGCGGCGGAGGGGAUGGAGUGGGGUGGGGGGAGCGGGGUGUUCAUGCCCGUGGCGGGCUCUGCCAAAGCGGGGCUGUAGCGUUUGGGGGGGUCG